GCCGGGAUGAUUUGAGACGACAAACUUCCUCUGAGAGCUUCUGUGAAUGUAUCGCGGUCGGCGGAGAAGUCCGAGCUGGAGCCAGGGACUUUUUCCAACUCUCCGGGCUCCCAUUUUAACUGCCCUUGUGUUCUGUAUCAUUGAUCUUUGUAAUGGGAGGGAGGUGGUCUUUGGAAAAGUAGGAGGAGAAGUUACACUGACUCCUAAAGUGGACCAGCCCAUCUCCAGCAUCAUAUGGAAAUACGACCCAAAGAAAGCAGCAGAGUGGAAAACAGGUCAAUCAGAGCCUGAUUAUUAUCCCAUAUGUUAUCCCGGACCAAGGUGUCAACUGAAUACUGCAACUGGGGAGCUUAAAAUUAUGCAUUUAAAGCAGAAUGAAAAACUGGAUUUCUCUGCUGAGAUCAAUGGAAUGGCAGCUCAGUCAUUUUUUACAGUGAUUGCACUUGAACCAGAGUCCAAACCCAGUGUUGGGAAAACCUGCAACGAUACCCAGUGUACUUUGGUCUGUGAGGGAAAGGACACCACAUAUACCAAGUACUCCUGGAAGGAGAACAAUGAGAAGAUAGCAGAUGAUACCACAACACUCCAUGUUCAGAAGAGUGAUAAACUGGAUAAAAUCUACACGUGUGUGUUCAGCAACCCUGUGAGUACGGAGGAGAGUGACCCUGUCAAGGAAGUGGAUUUAUUUCCAGAGGUCGACCGAUAUUGA